ACGUGGCUUCACUUCAUGUUAACUAAAUAUAAACGAACGUUUAUAUUAUGAUAAAUAUAUGACUAUAAGCAUUUAAUGAGACACAUUCACCUUAUAAUAAGAGACGAUUUCAACAUCAAGACAAGCUUUCUAAAUUAUUCGAUACCUAUAGAAUGGACUCUAUAAAGGAUAUAGCUAAGUGACCAACUGUGAUUACAGGAUUACGUGAGUGCAUUUAAAAGAUUUUGCGAAACAUUUUAAAAUUCAAAACACCCUAAUAACAAUAACCAUUUUAAUAUCAUUAUUUCUAAUGAACAGCAAAAGGAUAUGGAAUUUUAUUAAAGCUGUUACAGGAAAUAUUCCGCUUCUAAAGAACAUUGCUGUAUAUUCUACAAGUAAAAUAAUAGGAAAUUUUGGAGAGAUUAUGCAUUUAAUGUGGAUACAUUUACUGCUUAUAAUGGGCUUGUGCGAAGGAAUUCAUAGCUGCCCUGAUAUGUAUAGCGAUAGCCCUCAACAUGUGGCUUGUUUACCACCGUCGCCUUUCUUGAUGAAAUCAGUGGAAGUAGAUACAUUUGAUAAGAAAUUGAUUCUGUUUUUGCAUAACAAAUAUCGGGAAGAUAUUAAACCUGGAGCCUGUGCUAUGUUUCAAUUAAAAUGGAAUGAGGAACUUGCUUUUCUUGCACAGAAAUGGGCAAACAAUUGUGAAUAUCAGAAAAGCGAGAGAGAAUAUAAUGAUGUCCCCGGCAAAUAUAGUUUAGUGCAAAACAUUGGCUUAGCAUACGUUUCUUGGGGUUCAGUGGUGAACGCGUGGCAUGCCGAAAUAAAUUCAUUUAAUUAUACUUAUCCAGGUGAAGGUUCGGAAAAUUUGAAAAUAAAAAUGGUGUUGGCAACAAUAUAUUUCAUUUUACUGUUGAUGUCCCAUAGCGGCCUUUCGGAAGCAUAUUGCUCCGAGCAAUUUCGGAUUAGAGGAGGUCACACAGCAUGUUUAGAAAAGUCGCCUAAGUUGAAGGAAUCGUUGAUUGUGACUGAUGUGCAGAAGUCUAUCAUAAUCGCUUUGCACAAUGUUAUUCGAGUCAAAGUUCAACCACCAUCCUGUAAUAUGUUCAGAAUGCACUGGGAUUAUGAGCUGGCCUAUUUAGCACAGAAAUGGUCGGAUAAUUGUGUGCUGAAAAAUGACGAAAUUCUGAACAGAAGUAUACCUUUGAAAUAUAAUGUUGGUCAAAAUAUAGCUGCAAAAUUUUCCAAAUGGUAUGAUGUCAUACGUUAUUGGCGUUCUGAAGGCAAGGAUUUUAAAUAUGGUAGAAAGCAUUCGAAGAAUACAGCACAAUACACACAGUUAGUGUGGGCGACAUCGAUUUUAAUUGGUUGUGGUGCCUCUCUUUGUUCGAAUAUUGGCACGUUCUAUGUUUGUAAUUAUGCUCCUGCAGGGAACAUAAACGGGGAAGAACCAUACAGACGCUGCAAUAAAACCAGAAGUUUAAGGGAUUGUGGUCAUAAUGCUUGUUACAAUUUUGGAAUUCUAAAUGUCGAAGACUGUUCUUGUAGUUGCUAUGAACAUAGUCAUACGUAUGGCCACAAUUGUUUACUAAACUGUUCGUUUUCUGACAUAAGUAUUAAAUGCAAAAAAAUACCCGUGGAUUAUUGUCACUACGCCCAUCUUCGCCCUUCGUGCCCCUGGCUCUGCAAAGAAUGCAGCAUUGCAUCUUGGUCUCAAAGAACUAAUUGGUUCCUUCUUUUCGUUGUACAAAUCUUUAUUCCAGGUCUAACAAUGUGUUCUAAUUAAUAUUCUGGCUCUGCAAAGAACUUAGCAUUGCAUCUUGGUCUCAAAGAAUCAAUUGGUUCCUUCUUUUCGUUGUAUAAAUCUUUAUUCCGGGUCUAAGAAUGUAUUCAAAUUAAAAUGAUCAUAAGAUCUAAAUUUCCAAAUUUGAAAUAAACUUCGGAAAAUUUGAUGAAA